AUGGACACUCCUACCCCGCCAGCAACACCAAAAGACCUCAGCGGUCUAAUUGAACGCCGGUAUCAGGACGGUCAAUCCUUACAUAUCUCCAAUCAAUCCGUCCCACAAACGAUCUCAACAAUUCUCGAGCACCGGUCAAUCCGCGCAUUCCUGCCUACGCCACUUCCACCCGGGACACUCGAAACACUUAUUGCUGCCGGCCAAAGUGCUUCCACCUUCUCAAUGCUGCAAACCUGGUCCGUCGUCGCAAUCCAUGACCCGCAGCACAAAGACGCCGUCGCGCGAGUCUCCGGAAACCAAGACUUCAUACGACAAGCGCCGCUAUUCUUGAUCUUCUGUGCAGAUCUACACCGUCAUGCAAACGUAAUAGACAAGUACAGAACGGCCGGAAAGCCGCUCGAGAAGAUCGAUAUGCUGAUAGCAGGUGUCGUUGACGCCUCAAUCGCGGCCGAAAAUGUCGCCAUCGCAGCUGAGUCGCUUGGCCUGGGAAUCUGUAUGGUGGGCGGAGUCAGAAAUAACGCUGAGAGCUUGGUCGAACUACUUCAUCUCCCCGAGAAGACAUUUGGAAUUGUCGGGUUGGCUGUUGGGUAUGCGGACCCGACAGCGCAUGAGGAUAUCAAGCCGCGGCUGCCGAUGAGGGAGAUACUCCAUUAUGAAACCUGGGAUAGCAACCAACAGCGGCAGGACGAGAAUGUGGCGAUGUUUGAUGACGUGCUGAGCAAGCACUACGCACUUCAUUCGAUGCUUGGUCGGAAACCAUGGAGUAGAUUUGCUGCCGAGUGGAAUGCUGAUGGGAGAAUGGACGGGAGGGAUCGUAUGAGGGGCUUGUUGGAGCGGCAGGGGUUUGGUCUGAAUUAG